CCCGCAACUCAUUCAAACAUUGACCGUUAGCCAGCUAACUGCUAGCUCCCAACUGUCAGUAGUCGCGCAAACGGAGCUUUGAACGCUUCUUUAUGGCUUAAACAACCUCCAGGACGCCUUCAAACUCUCACACGGACCAACUCCCCACAGCUGAAAAAGACUUUGUGAAACUAACCGUUACGGCUAACUCUGCUCGGUCCUACCUGUGAAAGUGACAGCAGCAGCUUCUUUUCUGAUCCAGAUCCAACCUUCAGCGAGCCGUGCUUCUGAUUGGACCAGCGUUUCAGGCCCAAAAGAAGCUGGGAGGAGGACGUAUUCCCCGCUCAUGUGUUAUAGACUUCCAGCUUCUUCUGGUCAGCAUGGGCGACUUUGAGCAGUUUGAGCAGGAUUUCUACCAAACAGGAUAUUACAUAGAUGACCAGGGCAGUGGUGUGGCUUAUUACAACGCUGAUGCAGCACAAGAUACCUUGCCAAACGAUCUCGAUCCUUUCAUGGAGGAGCGGUACUCUGGAGAGAUCUACCAGCCAACCAUGAAUUCCACAGAUUUUAGCAGCACAGCAUCUGAGUCUCCAGGGGAGGAACCUCCACUUCUUGUAGAACUUGGAAUUGAUUUUGAUCACAUGUGGCAGAAGACACUCACAGUUCUGAAUCCUUUGAAGCCUGCAGAUGGCAGCAUUAUGAAUGAGACAGAUUUGACAGGUCCUAUCCUCUUCUGCAUUGCUCUAGGUGUCACUUUAAUGAUGGCAGGUAAAGUUCACUUUGGUUACGUGUAUGGGAUCAGUGCCAUCGCCUGCAUUGGGAUGUAUAUCCUGCUGAGUCUGAUGAGCUCUCUGGCAGUUUCUUAUGGCUGUGUGGCUAGUGUUCUGGGGUACUGCCUCCUACCUAUGGUCGCCCUCUCUGCGUUUGCUGUCGUCUACUCGUUGCAAGGCAUCCUGGGAACAGUCCUGGCUCUGUUGACCAUUUGUUGGUGCAGCUUCUCAGCUUCUAAAAUCUUCAUCUCCACUCUGGCGAUGCAAGAGCAGCAGCUGUUGGUGUUUUACCCGUGUGCCCUGCUGUAUGGACUCUUCAUGCUGCUCACUGUCUUUUAACUCUCAGCUGAUCAAACCCAACUUUUCAUUAUAAUUCUUCUUUCAGGUUGAAAGAAAUUUCAUUUUUUUUCCUAAAGAAGAAAUGUAUAAUUAUUUGAUUUAAAGCUGUUGUUUAUAAUAUAUUAAUAGAAAAUAUUAGUUUAGGUUUAUUUCAGUUAUUUGCUUUUUAAAUAAAUGCACCUAUUUAUUGUGCUUCUGUUAACAGUUCCAUAAAAUAAGGGCGUACUUUCUGCAAUCCCUGCAUUUUAAUGAUGCCUUUGGAAGUAUGAAUGCUGUCGUUCGAUAAUUGCUCUCAAAAACAAGAAUAAAAACAUACAUAUUUUUGAA